CCUCUUUGACGGAGUUACAUGUUUAUUCCGGACAUUAUCCUCGCCAUCUGAGUGAACAAUUAAACAGUAUUGUUGAGCGAAAUUGCAACAUCCGCAAGUUAAGCAUUCCAACUUCUUGGGGCUACUCUCCCGAGAUUUUUUUAAAAGUCAAAAGCCUAAAGUAUUUCGGUUUUGUGUUUGGUACUCGUCUCCUCGAACAGACAGCAAAUAACUUGGAAGUGAAGGACCUGGAAAAGGUGGAGAUCAAAUUCGUUCGUAUGAGUUCGACGUCACUCGAUUCAUUCGACUGUUUGAACAUUUUGUUGAAAAAACUGGCUGCAAAUGCUUCCAUGCUAACGGACCUGUCCAUUGAAAUAUUGAACCUUCACCACGAUGAUGAUACUGUCUUCUUAUUUGAUAAGUGUCCGCUGCCGCUGAGCUUGUUUAACCUGCCGUCGCUUCGCUUAGACGUUAUGUGUCCGAGCUUAUACAGAGAUCUGCCGAAAAUGCAACCGAAUUUGAAACAUUUGGAUCUGGUCAUUUAUGACUAUGACGAUUGUAGCGAAUCUGAUCAGAUCAUUUCUCUGAUAAAAAAUUUGAAGAUUUUGGAAAUCUUUCACAUAAAAAUAAAGGACUACUACAAACCGGCAGACGAAUUGCGAAGCGAAUCGGUCAUCCGGCAAGUAUUUGACGCCUGCUCCAAAAAAAGGCCAACGCUACAUAUGUACGUACAAUACAACGAGCUUGGGUUCAGUAUUUUUGGCGUGAAGUUGAACUUCAUGGAUCGCAAGUCAACCGUCACCCAUAUUCCUUUCGAACUAAACUACCUCAGUGACUCCCUUGAACACCAGUCGCUGCUCCGUUGCUGAUGCUACUAGCGUUCAGUUCCCCAUCUACAUUGUUUAUUCACGCCGUUGGAUGUAAUUAUAACAUUUCCUACU